AUGUCAUUCUUUAAUAAUUCUGAAGUGGAAAUCUCAACUUUCUUCCUUAUUGGGAUCCCAGGGAUGGAAUAUGCUCACUUUUGGAUCUCCUUGCCAAUUUGCUUCAUGUACCUUAUUGCCAUCCUGGGAAACUGCAUCAUCCUUUACUUCAUAAAAACAGAGACAGCUUUGCAUGAGCCAAUGUAUUACUUCCUCUCGAUGCUGGCUUUUUCUGAUCUGGGUCUGUCUAUCUCCUCUCUUCCAACUAUGGUAAGAAUCUUUUUAUUCAAUGCCACUGGCAUUUUACCCGAUGCCUGCUUUGCUCAAGAAUUUUUCAUUCAUGGGUUCUCAGCAAUGGAGUCAUCAGUACUUCUUAUAAUGUCUAUAGAUCGCUUUAUAGCCAUCUACAACCCUCUGAGAUAUACAUCCAUUCUGACCAGUGGCAGAGUCGUAAAUAUUUGUCUUAUAUUCACAAUUAAAAGUAUAUUAUUGGUUUUACCUUUCCCGUUUAUAUUGAAGAGGCUAAAAUACUGUAGGAAAAGUCUGUUAUCUCACUCCUACUGCCUCCACCAAGAUGUCAUGAAGCUGGCCUGUUCAGACAACAGGGUUAAUAUCAUCUAUGGAAUGUUUGUGGCUCUAACAGCUAUUUUAGACUUGUGUUGCAUUUCUGUCUCUUACAUGCUAAUUCUGAAAACUGUUCUAGGCAUUGCUUCACACAAAGGUCGCCUUAAGGUCUUCAACACUUGUAUUUCCCACAUCUGUGCUGUACUGAUAUUCUAUGUGCCUAUAGUUACCUUGGCAAUUAUUCACCGCUUUGCCAAAAAUGUUUCUCCAGUUAUUAAGGUGAUAAUAGCUGAUACCUUCCUUCUUAUCCCACCUUUAAUGAAUCCCAUUGUAUACUCUGUGAAAAGUCAGCAUAUUCGAAAUCUUAUCUUGUCAAAAUUAUGUGAUAAACAAAUUUGA